UCUGGCUGCGUGGAAAUGGCCGGGCCAGGGUUUCGGGGCCACCCGGCCGGACCUCUGCUGCUGCUGCUGCUGCUGCUGCUGCGCCAGGCCCUGACGGAAGGACCCUUGGUCUUCGUGGCUGUGGUGUUCCGCCACGGCGACCGGGCCCCACUGGCCUCCUAUCCCACCGACCCCCAUAAGGAGGAUAUUGCCACCCUGUGGCCACGUGGCCUGGGCCAGCUGACGAGGGAGGGGGUCCGCCAGCAGCUGGAGCUGGGCCGCUUCCUGAGGAGCCGCUACAAGUCGUUCCUGAGCCCCCAGUACCGCCGCGAGGAGGUGUACAUCCGCAGCACUGACUUUGACCGGACGCUGGAGAGCGCUCAGGCCAACCUCGCGGGGCUGUUCCCUGAGGCCAGCCCGGGCCGCUCCGAGGCCACCUGGCAGCCCAUCCCUGUGCACACGGUGCCCGUCACUGAGGACAAGCUGCUGAGGUUUCCAACGCGCAGCUGUCCCCGCUACCGUGAGCUGCUGAGAGAGGCCACGGAAGCUGCGGAGUACAAGUCCGCUCUAGAGGGCUGGACGGACUUCCUGACUCGCCUGGAGAAUUUUACCGGGCUGUCGCUGGUCGGGGAGCCACUCCGCAGGGCAUGGAAGGUUCUGGACACUCUGAUUUGCCAGCAAGCCCAUGGUCUUCCCCUCCCAUCCUGGGCCUCCCCGGAUGUCCUGCAGACGCUAGCCCAGAUCUCAGCUUUGGAUAUUGGGGCCCACGUGGGCCCACCCCGGGCAGCAGAGAAAGCCCAGCUGACUGGGGGGAUCCUGUUGGAUGCCAUCCUCGCUAACUUCUCUCGGGUCCAGCACUUGGGGCUGCCCCUCAAGAUGGUUAUGUAUUCAGCUCACGACAGCACUCUCCUGGCCCUCCAGGGGGCCCUGGGUCUUUAUGACGGCCACACGCCACCUUAUGCUGCCUGCCUGGGCUUUGAGUUCCGGAGGCACCUUGGGGACCUGGAUGACAACAGAGGGAAUGUCACCAUCUCCCUCUUCUACCGCAACGACUCUACUGGCCUGCCCAUGACGCUCAAGCUCCCCGGGUGCCCAGCCCCUUGCUCUCUAGGCCGCUUCCGCCAGCUGACAGCCCCUGCCCGGCCUCCAGCUCAAGGGAUCCCCUGCCAUGGCUCCCACGAGCCUGCCACCCCCGCAGCCACCGUGGUGCCCCUGCUGUCUGGGGCUGUGGCGGUGCUGGCGGUCCUCAGCAUGGGGCUGGGCCUAAUGGCCUGGAGACCCGGCUGCCUGCGGGCCUGGGGAGGCCCCGUGUGAGCCCGGAAACCGGGCACCCCUCCCCCCACAGCUGACACUAGAUCCCAAAACACCUGCUCGCCUGCCA